AUGGCUAAUAGGACUAAAGAUGAUGAAAGUCACACAGAAUCAAAGCUUCAGCAUGAACAAGAUAAAUCAAACUCCCUUCCUAUUCCUUCAGUUUCCAAGCGAGUUGUGCUUGGUGAUUCUGUCUGCAGCAUGGCAGGCACAGCUGACCAUGGCAGCAUGGUAGACCUCAAAGGGGAUAAGGACUUGUUCAGCAAAGCUCCAGAGCUUCUCAGUGAGGCCACAAGUGAGCUCCGUCACCGAGCCAGAGGGGACCUGCCAUCUGAAGGUGCUCCACGGCCACCUAGACAUGGAUUAGAGCAGUACUUAUCCAGAUUUGAUGAAGCUCUGAAGUUGAGGAACCAGCUGAUGAAUGAGAAGCCAAGCCAAGAGAAUGGGAAUGCAGUGGAGGAGUUUGACUCUUUCCGCAUUUUUAGAUUGGUGGGAUGUGCUCUGCUGGCCAUUGCAGUGAGGGCUUUUGUGUGCAAGUACCUGUCAAUAUUUGCACCAUUUCUUACUUUACAACUUGCUUACAUGGGACUGUCCAAAUACUUUCCAAAGUGUGAGAAGAAGGUGAAAACCACAGUUCUGACUGCUGCUCUUCUACUGUCUGGAAUCCCUGCAGAAGUGAUUAGUCGCUCCAUGGACACCUACAGCAAAAUGGGAGAUGUUUUCACAGACCUUUGUGUCUAUUUCUUCACUUUUAUCUUUUGCCAUGAACUUACUCUGCUCUUUGGUUCUGAAGUACCAUGAUUGCUGUAGAAUUCAGUGCAGUAGUUAACACUAAAGCUUUCUGGACUGUAUUCCUUUAACAUCUGACUCUGCAGAGAGGUUGAAACCUUCAUUAAAAUUAUUCUCUGUUCAAAUGCUUGAAAGGAGCCUUAAAUCCAGUCACUUAAGGAAAGGAAGAGCAGGGUCCCAGACUGCCAGUUGUAUUGGUUCAGUUUAUUUAGAUGCUGUGUCUGUCUAUUAGAAAUG